AUGAAGUCGCUCACGUUGGCCGCUUUGGCCAGUCAGAUCCUGCCAGCCUUUAGCUUUGAGAUCAAGGUUUCCUCGGGCGGGAAUGCUACUAGUGGCCAUCAAUACGGUUUUCUUCACGAGGAUAUCAAUUCGUCUGGGGACGGGGGGAUCUACGCCGAGCUGAUCCGCAACCGUGCCUUCCAAUACAGCGACUCGUUCCCGGUCUCUCUCGACGCCUGGCACUCCUUCAACAACGCCAACCUAGCCCUCAACCGCCUGGACACUCCCCUGUCCAAGGCCCUCCCAGUCUCCGUGACCGUCUCCCCCAGCAGCGACUCCUCCGGGGCCGUGGGCCUCUUCAACGACGGGUACUGGGGCAUCGACGUUCGCCAGCAGGCCUACACGGGGACGUUCUGGGUCUAUGGCGCAUACGAGGGAGUCUUCACCGCGGAGCUGCGGAGCGCCCUCGAGGACGACAAGGUCUUUGGCAGCGUCGAGGUCGAGAGCAAGGCCGCGGCGGGCGAGUGGGUUGAGCACACCUUUGAGCUGACCCCCGGCGAGGACGCGCCGAACAGCAACAACACAUUUGCGCUGCUCUUUGACCCUGCCGGUCUCGCCGAGGGCGAGGAGUCGCUUGACUUCAAUCUCAUCAGCCUGUUCCCGCCGACAUACAAAGGCAGGAAGAACGGUCUGAGAGUUGACGUUGCGGAAGCGCUUGCGGGGCUUCAUCCGUCGAUGCUGCGAUUCCCAGGCGGUAACAUGCUCGAGGGUCUGACCAACACCACAUAUUGGGAUUGGAAAGACACAAUCGGCCCCCUGAAGGACCGCCCAGGUUUCCAGGGUGUUUGGGGCUACCAGCAAACCCACGGGCUCGGUAUUAUGGAAUAUCUUGAGUGGGCAGAAGACAUGGAUCUUGAAAUCGUUGUGGGAGUCUGGGCAGGACUGGCGCUCGACGGGGGCCUAACCUCCGAGGAAGACUUCCCCGCCGUAAUCAGCGAUGGCCUCAACGAGAUUGAAUUCAUCUGCGGCUCAGUCGACACCAAAUGGGGCGCCGUCCGCGCUGAGCUGGGCCAUCCCGAACCGUUCCCUCUUCGAUAUGUCGAGAUCGGCAACGAAGACUGGCUCGCAGGAUACCCGGCCGGGUGGGACUCAUACCAGGAGUACCGCUUCCCCCUAUUCCUCAAGGCCAUCAACGAGGCCUACCCCGACAUCGUCGUCAUAGCCUCAGGCUCAACCCACGACGGGUACAAGAAUCUACCUCUCGAAGCCCUGGCAGAUUAUGAAUCUUGA